AUGUUCCUUGAUCUGCUGGACCAAGGCGUCGUGGUCGCCCUAGUCACGGCUGGACUAGGGGUGUUGUAUCUAUGGCGCAAACAUGUCGCACAUGUCGGGGCCACGAAAGUCACGCGAGGGUUUAGCUUGGUGCGUGUGCUCAAGCGCACGGACACAGAGCUAGCGCUUCUGGGCAAUUUCAAAAGCGAUAAUCACAAGAAGGCAGCGGUACUGAUCAUUCAGUCAGCGGCUAUGGAUACGGGGACGCUAGACCAAUUGAUGAGCGGAAUGUCGCUCCAUGAAGUCCUAGUAAAUGAUAUCUACAGCUCAUUUCUUGGAGACGUGUCGCGAGAAGUCAAACCGUACAAGGUGAAUUUGAUCUAUCCGGCAACGGAACGCCAUGUGCGCAAACAUAUGGACCAGAGCUUUCACAUGGUCGUGGAGACUAAAGAGGCGUAUCGGAUGAUUACGAAGCCGUUUAUCAAAAGCAUUCCCGCAGAAAAUAUUGAGUGGGUUUACAAUAUCCUUGAGCACAAGAGCGAGACGGAACGUAUAAUCUACGAAGACACACACCCUUACAAUGGGUUUGUGUUGUUGCCUGACUUUAAGUGGUCGGACCAGUCCAAGUUGGAGUCUCUAUACUGUUUGGCGAUCGUGCAUGAUCGGUCGCUGCGAUCCCUUCGUGAUCUCACGGGUGCCCACUUGAAGCUGCUGCGAAACAUUCGAAAUGCCUGUCUAAACAUUCUACGCGAAAAAUACGGCGUGAACGCGAGCUCAAUUCGCGCAUAUUUGCACUAUCAGCCUACGUACUAUCACUUGCAUGUGCAUUUCUCACACGUCAAGAUCCUUCAAGGAACGUCCUCGGGAAAAGCUGUGCUUCUUGAGGAUGUUAUUAACAACUUGAGUGGUCAUAGCGAUCAUUAUACGAACGCGACACUUUCGUUCGUAGUCGGUGAGAUGCAGCACAAGCAGCUAUUUGAGCUCUUUCGUGAGAAGCGCAUUAUUUGA